CUGAUCGAGGAGUUACACGAAGCCAAAGAUAUUCGGAAAUAUGUGUUGGCGGCAGUGCCAUUAAUUUUGGCAACACUUGCUAUUCUGCUGAACGUCGCUUUCGGUAUUGUGGUCACUGUAAUGUGGAGGAAAAAACAACUUAGUUCUCUGCAUCGCUACAGCUUCCUGCUGAGUCGCACGUUAAGCAGUGUGCUUGCUCUUGUACUCUUCUAUGUCGUUUUGAUCGCUUGGAAGAUGGAGAUAUUUAGAUACGCAUCGGCUGCCGCAUUCAUCUUAGUUGGAUCAUUAACGUUUUUCACUGUUGCUGGAACUUAUGUUGGGAUGAUCACUCUACUCUACACAGCAAUCGUUCAUCCUCUGCGAUAUCGAUAUUCAAUUACUGUUUCUAAAUGUCUCGCAGCAAUUGCUGUCAUUUGGCUCAUCUCCGUCGCUCUUUCGGUAAAAGUCUAA